GAGAGGGGCCGCCCCCCCGCCCGCUCCGCGCCGCGCCGCUCCGCUCGGCGCCCGCCGUCGGUGCCGGUGAAGGCGGCGGUGGCGGUGCCGCCGGCUCCCGCCGCCCCCCGUCACCCCGCCCCGGCCCCGCAGCGGGCGGCCCCGCGGCCCCAUGGCCGGGCAGGAGUGGGACUGGUUCCAGCGCGAGGAGCUCAUCGGGCACAUCAGCGACAUCCGAGUGCAGAACCUCCAAGUGGAACGGGAAAAUGUACAGAAGAGGACCUUUACCAGAUGGAUAAACCUACAUUUGGGAAAGUGCAAGCCACCUCUGAAAGUGAAAGACUUGUUUAUUGACAUACAAGAUGGCAAAAUCUUGAUGGCGCUACUGGAAGUACUGUCAGGACAAAAGCUGAUGCACGAAUACAAAUCUUCAACCCAUCGCAUUUUUCGUUUGAACAACAUAGCCAAAGCACUUAAGUUCUUGGAGGACAGUAAUGUAAAGCUUGUUAGCAUCGAUGCAGCAGAAAUAGCAGAUGGAAAUUCGUCUCUGGUACUUGGACUAAUAUGGAAUAUAAUCUUGUUUUUUCAGAUUAAGGAGCUGACAGGCAACCUCAACCGGAACUCCUCCUCCUCCAGCCUCUCCUCCGGGCCGAGUGGUCCUGAGUCAGACACAUCCCACCCCAGCACUCCCAGCGUGGAGAGAAACGUGUCCAUUACAGUGAAGGAUCAGCGGAAAGCCAUCAGAGCCCUUUUAAUCUGGGUUCAGAGGAAAACCAGAAAGUACGGUGUUGCAGUUCAGGACUUUGCCAGCAGUUGGAGGAGUGGCCUUGCCUUCUUAGCUAUCAUAAAAGCAAUAGACUCUACUUUGGUAGACAUGAAGCAAGCACUGGAGAAAUCAGCUCGAGAAAACCUGGAAGAUGCUUUCAGCAUAGCACAAAAUAAGCUGGGUGUUCCUCGGCUCCUAGAACCAGAAGAUAUCAUGGUGGAAUCACCUGAUGAGCAGUCAAUUGUGACGUAUGUGGCGCAAUUUCUGGAACACUUCCCAGAGCUGGAAGGGGAAGACUUUACAGAUCCUGACAAGGAGCUUCCAAUCGAGUCCACGUACGUCCACAUCAAAGACACACCUUCAGAAAAGGAAGGCAAAAUCUUGAUUUUAAGUGAACGUGAAGAAAACAUGUAUACUGUUAAUCACGAAAGGAGUCAUCCUGCUCCUCCAAAGGUUCAUAUUCAUGACACACCUGAGAGAAUCCCAUCAGAAACCGUUCCUGAAAAAUGUAAUGGGAAACUGAGUCAAAUGUUAGGUGAUGCACAGGAAACGUCUGAAGAGGAGCCUCAGAGGCCUACCUCACUGAAAAUUACAGGAUCUGUCAGUUUUGAAUCCAAUUCCUCUUGGGAGGUUCUAAGUGAUAAAUUCAUGCCAAGUGAAGGGGGCUUAUCCGACGAUCCACUGAAACAGAACAAUGACCUUUCUCCAGCUGUUCUGACAGAUCAGAAAAAUUCUGUUGACUCUUUUGAAGACUACUCUGAAGAAUUAACUAAAGAAACCUCUACUGAAUAUGACAAUGAAACUAAGAGCCUUUCAGCCAAUACUUCUUCUCUGAGUCCAUUAUCCUGGACUUCAGGUAUACUUACAGAUGAAUCUAUAAAUAAAGUAGAAGAGAGCAAACCGCAAACUUCAAUUCUUUUACCAGAAGAUACCUCAAAACAAGAAGAUACACAUAAGUAUGUCCUUCAUCUUCUGAAUGAGGAAAUACUGAAACUUCCACAAAAUGAACAUACAAAGCAAUCGCCUAUCUUUGAGACAACAGAAACUAACCAUUGUUCACUGAAUGGUUCUAAUCUCAAAAGCCAAGAACUAUCUACACAGCAUGAAACAUCUGAUGACUCUCUCUCAGAUGUACCUAAAAAUCUAGAGGACCUGGACAGCUGUGAUGAAGUUGAGUCUUCAGCUGACGUGCUACCCAGUUCUUCAAAAGUAUCUGUAAUACCCCAUGAUCUCUUUUAUUAUCCACAUUAUAAUGUUCCCAUAUCAGCAGUUUUGGAUGCUUACCUUGAGCCUUGUAUUGAAGGUUACGGUACUGGAAAUGACAAAGCUUCUUCUGAAGCAGUAACAGAUGUGUUACAUGAGAAGGGCUUACCAGGACAGGACUACAAGGAAGAUGCUCCAGAGCUAGACUUAGGGAAUAAGCUACGUGUCCCUCCCUCAGAAACAGAUACUGAGAAUGGCGAGGAGGAAAAAACAGAUAUUAACAGCCAUAUGAAUUCUUCUGAUGAAGAAGUGCCAAUACUAGUACAAGAAGAGUUAAAAAUUGAAAAAGAUGGCAAAAAGGACACCAACCAUCAAGAUUCCACUAUUCCACAACAUCCUGAGGCCAUAGUAGAACACCUAGAGGAUUUAUCAAUAGCCAUAAAGAGACCAGAAAAAAGUAGUAAUAGGGAGGAAGAAGGGAAAGAUAUGAUCAAAGCAGAAGACUUGCAGAUCUCAGAAGUUGCCACUACUGCUUUGUCACAAGAUAAACUGGCAGAAGUUGCUGAUCAUCAGGAGUUUACCAGAAUCCGUGACAGUGAUUCCAACAUUUAUCUCCGGAAAAAAUCUCCUAAUACUUCUGAGGAGGAAACCUAUAGUGUAAAUGAGCAGAAGAUGACAGAUAUGGGUGAAAAUCCAUUAAUCAUCAGGAAGAAAAAGGACUUGGAAGCAAGUGAGACUCCAGCACCAACUCAUGCGGUUACGAUUGCUGAGCAGCCAGAGCUAUUCUACUUCAUCAUUUUCUUCUGGGUGCUGGUCUACUGCCUUUUACUCCUUCCACAGCUUCUUAGCAACAAAGUUUGAUCUCCGUGAGGUGUGGAAAAAUAAAGGACGGUGGCUGGAUUGCUUUGUGUAUCUGCAUAUGAAUAUGUCCCUUCAGGUGAAGCACAAACAGAAAUGUAGGACCUGGUAUUUGUGUUUAUUAUCAGGUUGUCCUCAAUUCCUCUACUGUUGUGCUAUGACAGUGUCGAAGCACAUUUUAUAUUAUGGUAAUUGUGUAAAUAUACAUAAAAAUUACUGAUUUAGUAGAUGCAAUUUUGUACAUUUGUGCCUUGCUUUAUAAGAUGCUAAAUCAAACCAGAUAAUUAUCAGUAGAAAUAUGAACAAAUCAGAGCUCUAGUCUUCAAAAAUUGUUCUUCUGGCUUCAUUUACUAAUGCAGGGCCUGACAGCUGUGGAAGAGGGGUGGUGUUGACUUGCCCAUGAAUCUGGCCCACCUGCAAGGGCAAGGCUAGAAAUGCUUCCUCACAUUUUCCAUGGAAUUCUUCAGGACAGCUGGAAGCAGAGCAGAGCUGCAGGUGGUGGAACAUGCUGGCCACAGGAAUUGAUUACAAUUCCAGCAGCAAUUCAGUGGAGCAACAAAAUCAGGCUGAGAGUUUAUUUAGGUAGGGGAGUUUGGUUUUUUAGUAUAUACAUUCAUUUUUAUCCUGCACCUUUUGUUAUGUUUAAUUUGCAGGAAUAUAUUGGGUGUGGAGAGGUGUGAAGAACACACAUGCUAGCUGCUUCUUAGGAGGAAUCACAGAGGAAGUCUUAGCCCAGAAGCUUCUGUAGAGAAUACCUGCAGAAAUACACUUUUUGUACGUUCAAAGAAGGUGGCCAUCUUUGAAAACAAGCUUAAUAAUUUUAUCAGGAACAGAUACCAUGGUUUUGAGUUUUAGUUUUUGGGUUUUGUUUUGGUUUUAAGUACGUCACUCUUUCUGAGGCUGCUUCUGCUUCCUUUUCUCUGCUGCUUUUACUUACCAGAUAAUGUAAAGAUUUCUCUUUUUUGAAGAUACAAAAAAUAAUAGGUAACGUAAUUUGUUGAGGCUGCUGCUAAGGCACAAGUGCAUGGUAAAAGGGUUAGAAAUAUCCCUUAAGUGCCCAAAUCAAUAGAGACAGAAAUGACAGAUGUAAAACUAAAUACAGAGAAAUGUUGACAGCCGGUAUUGACUUUGUAGUGCAGCUGAAGACUCCUGUGGCUUGUCCAUAGACACAGUUGAGCCACUUCCGCAUCUUGCAACUUUUGUCCACAUCAGUGAUCACUGUAGGAUAUUUGAUUUAGGAUUUUUGCCAGAGAAGUUGUAACCAUGCAUUAAAGGACAAAAGAGAAGCCUUCAAAUUCAAUUUAAUAGCAGUAACUUUGUGUGACUUUCAGUGAAGUCACUAUUUUUCAUCGGCACAUUUUUAGUUUCAUAGUAUGCUUCAUGAGACUAUGUCAUGUCGCUGCUUCCACCUGAAAAUUCAUAAGGUUGACUGCAAUGUGCUUCAUAAAAUGAGGGGUUCAUAAUUUACACUGAGUGAAAGUUACAACAUGUGGCUGUAAGUUUUACAUAUUUUGUUUUAGCAUAAGGUGUAUCUCUGCCCUGGCUUAGUUUUCAGCUGAACUAAUAGUACCUGGUGUCAGGACACAUCAGAAUGUAUAGCAACUUAUUUGCAGGUAUUUAAAACCAGUUUGUGGUCAUGUUAUCUGCUGGGGUAACCCUAACCAUCUAUCAUACUUAAUUCUUUUUGAUAAGCUUUUUGUUUCCCUGAGGUUUUUCUUCCGAGUUGCAGUUAGAACUCAAUAGCAGCAGUGCACAGCAGAUCUUAAACACUGAAGGUAAAAUUCUGAACCUCUUUCAGUCAACAGAAAGCUGAAAUCUUUCCUAUUCUGUCCUGUCACCAUUGGCUAGAGCUGGAUUCACCCCAUGAACCUAAAACUAAGAUCCUUUGUGCUUGGUGAGGAACAGAUCCAAACUUCCGAACUCAAUUCAGUGUAAAUCAACAUAAGUAAAAAAACCAGUCUUUCAUCCUGCCAAUGGAAGACAGUGAUUCUUUCUUCCAAAAGAAAACCUACAUUAGAAUUUUUGAAGAUGCUUUCUCGAAGCAGGCUAAAAUAUAACAUUGAAGGGCUAGUGCUUUUUCUCUGAAAGAAUAAAACUUAAUAUAAGAAACUUUAUCUCCUUAUCCUGAAAACAAGUGAAUACCAGGGUAGGACAUAGCAGCUAUUGAAAAGCAGCAGGUAGCAAUGUAUAUUACUUCGGAGCAAAAGCGCUGACAGCUUUUCAUUAUGUGCCACUCUUAAGAGGCUCCCUUGGUUUAUGGCAACUUUUUCUGAGCCUUUGUGUCUUGCUGUCUGGUUCUUCCAUGUUUCUUAGUCUUCAACAGAGAUUAUCAGUAGUUGGAUUACAGUCUCUUCAUAGAACUUCACAACUAUCAAAGUUCAAUCAAGUCAAGUAAUCUCCCUUCUGUCUUGUCUCCUUCCGGCUAAGAAAAUUAAUCAGAAUGAGGAGGUCUUUGGAUGUCUCACCUAAUCAACAGACAUCCAUAAAGAAUGAGAAGGUGAAUGGGAAUGUACUGAUGCCAUUUUCGUUACACAGUAUUUUAUUCCAAGAGGGAGAAAACCCAGUGUUUCUUUCUUACCUGCCACUGAUGAACAGUGACUGAAGAGUGAAACGAGCAGUUCAAAUCCAGCAGUUGUCUUGAUCUUCUCACCUAACGUUUAAAUGGAUGUAUGCUUUCCAGCCUAUCCCAUUAAGAGAUGGAGAUUGUUUCUUCUAUGCAAAGUAGAUAAAAAAAGUACUAAAUUAGUCCAAGAUACUUGGUAUUAAGUCGCUUUCCACAUUUGGGUUUGUUUGGCUGUGUUUUUGCUAUAACAGAAGCAGUGCCAUGGGUAAGAAGAUCCAGGAUAAAGAGUUAAGAGUCAUUAUACUGGUAUGGUCAACGGUUCUUGGAAGGAGACUGAACUCUUCAGGAGUUCUGCCAUUACUUGGAACUGCAGAAAAUGACAUCUGCGUAAAGAGCAGCUUCCCCCACUUAAACUGACUUGUAAGCCUGCAUCUGUUCUUCCACAGUGCAAGAUCCUAUCCCUCAAUGCAAGUGCCCUAUUCUGAAAACAUUGCUUGUUGUUAGACUUUGUGUCCUUGCUGAGCUUUCAGUCUAGAAGCCUGGUUGCGAAGCAUUUACUAAGGCAAAGCCUGUUUUAUCUUGCUGUCUAGAGGACUGGCUUAAGGUAGUGGAAGUUUUAAAGGCUGGUGAGCAACCUAUCAUCUAUCUGUUUUCCAACAGAUAUGUGCACUGUCUGAAUAAGGAAAUUUCCCCUGAAUUUUUGCCUAGGUGUUUGAAAAAUGCUAAGCUUGAACGGACCGCAUUUGGUAUUUUGAUUUAGCAGCAGAAUUCAGACACACAAGGAUACCGAUCUGUUAAGACCAUUUCUAAAAUGUGUUUUUGUUGAGCAAAUGUGUGGAUAGCAGAGUAUUGUGAAGUGUAAGUGUCAGGGAGUGCUUGAGGAUCACUGGAUAAAGGAUGCCUGGUGUUCACAGAAGCACCGUUAAAGACUGAGACACAACUAUAAUAGGAUGGUUCAAUGUUACUGUAGUCAUGUAACUUAACUGCAGUGUGUUUGAUUGUGAUUUUAUAGAAAGCACAAGGAAAGACAGGCUAUUAAAGACAGCACCCCACUAAACAUUUAUGGGGCAGAUGUCUUGGAGUUGAAUAAAUUAGAAGUGUCACGUAACCUACAAACUGAAUUGAAUAUAGCCUUUGCCAAAUUGUAGGAAAUGACUGGUGCAAAGAUAGGGCGAGCACAGAUUACAGUAAAAAAAUGACAAUCACUUUUCAAUGCCGUGAAUAUUUUUGAUGGAUUGAGCUCUAAAAUGUAUUUUUAGUGAGUUUCUAGAUUGUAAUGAAUGUGUCUACAGAAUUUUAUGCAAAGCUUGAGAGUUCAGCUGUUUUAAAAUGAUUUUUUUAUAUAGCAGUGAUUAUUUUAUCUAUUUAAUAGAACUGUAAAACCAUUUUAAAAGUACAUGUAAAAUUCUAUGUAUGUGAUAUGAUUAUUUAUUAAUUAUGACUUAUGUGAAUGAACAUUGAGCUAUGCAUCGGUUGUGUCAUCCAUUCGAAAAUGAAACUACGAGCAGGAGAAGAGUUUUUAAUGAACAGUAGACCUGAAAAACAUGGGAAAUGAUUGAAUACAAUUGUGUGAUUCUCAAAGCUGCAUAGCAGUAUCUCAUCUUGUGAUGUUGAACUUUCAGCUAAAGUUGCAAAAUAUAUUGAGUGAUUAAGCUACUUUCUUCCAUUAAAACUUCCUGAGGCUGAAAUUUCUACACGUUGAUAUUUGGUGUCUAAACACACUGAAAUCCUCUACAUCUUCUCGAGACUCUCAAUUAACUCCAGCUCAGUACGACUGUAACUUCUUUAUCCAAGUAGUGCUCCACUGAGUUUAGGGGAGUGCCAUGCAAUACCCAGUCAAUUUUUUAGGGUUUUCUGCACCAAUCCCCACAGAAUCAGAGCUUUAGAAGAUUAAUUUGGCCACUGUAUGUGGUAUCAUAUUCAGCCAUCUAACAAGAUAAUAGUUAGAACUGUGCAUUAGCACUGAUGCUAGCUUUAAGUACUUGGAGUCCCUUCUUGCCAAGAGCAAAUUUGAAUGCAUCCAGUGAUGUGUUCAGUUCCUCUACUUCUGCGGAAGUCAAUGCAGCACAUUUGUGUGCUAAGCACACACUACAGGAUCUGGCCCUGAGGGGACCUAAAUCCAAGUUAAUCACAUAGGCCAGGAAGUAGCUGAAGCCUAUGCAUUGCCCUUAGCGCUGGAUCCCCUCAAAUCCGAUGUACACAAACAAUGCCACUGACUUCAGUUAACCCAGCUGUAUGCAUAUCAUUUGUUUGGCUAAACUCUGCAGGAUCAAUCCUCUCUUUCUUUUAGGAAGUUAACAUCUACUUCCAUUUUUGAUUAAGAGAACAGCAGCGGGAACCAAUGGCUGGAAGAUGAGGGUGAGGUUACAGGCUGGAAUGUGGCCGUGAAAGUUCCCAGUCCGCACUGACAAUAGAUUGCCCGCUGUUUUCCACUGAGCUAAUAGUAGUGCAUCUGAAUGGAGAUAAAAAAACCCUAAAUUUUUGAAAUUCCACAUUGUACUUUUUUUGUCAGGUAAAUAACAUCAAAUUCUUCCCCUCAGCAUACCGCUGAUAACACCAAUUUACAGCUGCCCAACUUACAAUUGCUCACGUUCCAGGUUUGUAUCUAAACAGGACUUGCAGUAUGGCGUGUUCCCACCCACACUGCCCCAAGUUCAUGAAGCUGUUCCUGCAGAAGGAUGGGAGGUAUAUGCACAUUAAAUGACAUGGAAAAGUCAUAUUCUGAACGGCAUAUCUUGCUUACUCUGUCCACUGCUUGACACAACUCUAGACCUCACAGAGGGUGAAAAAUUAAUCCUUUUAUUGUCAAGUGCCAUACCCAUUUCAGGGUUAUCACAACUAAAAUUGUACAACAUCAAAGUAUUUCUUUCCUCCUCUAAAUGUGAGACACGGAAAACUUCCUUCCACCUCAGUGGCACUUUUGAUGACUCCUUCCAGGCAGCUGCUACUGCUGAUAUUGGAAAACAAGACCUGUUUUAUUUUCUCACCAUGAGGGGAAUAUCUAGGUUUGCAUCUCUGGAAAAUAAAAUUGGCCCCAGGGUGAUUAGUAUACAACUUUCUUCAUGAAAAGUUUAGAAGGGGCAAUAAGAAUAAUUAAUUUUACCUCGCUGGGAAAUACUAAAUCCUACCAUUCCAAGACAGACUAGAUCCUGGUCUUCACUGCUGUGUUCAGGUCAGGUAAUAUUUUAUUCUGAAAGUAGUUUCAUUACUUUCCCUGGGCCUUCCUGGAAUCUCUUUGAUUCACAGAAUAGAUUUUCUCUUUGACCGAUGACCAAUCCGUACAGGGGGGUCCUGACCUACGGCCAUUGUUAGACUGUAACAGAAAAUCACACGUACUUAGUUAGAAGUGCCGCACAGCUUUCAAAUUAUGUGCUACUUAUUUUUUGACAGAGCUAAUGCAGUCAUUUUUUAAUGCCAAAUAGCCUACACAAGUCAAAUGAGUCUAUUUUUAUUGUAAUAAAAAAACCCUGAACUCCUGCUUUUGUCUUGAACAAAACAAAACAUAUUUUAUUAGGCAUACCACUUUGUGCUACCGUAUUCUUCUGUGUAAAAAGCUGAAGAAACUGUUUUACCCUUCUUGUUAAAGUUCUCCAGUUUAAAAGGUAAUCUGUAAAAUGCUAGUUUGCUAAAGAGUUAAUGGGGGACUUCUAAGCUGAAGAAAUAUUGUAAGGAAUGGAAUAUUUAAAAUAUGUGUUUCUCUUUGGCAAGUGGUGAGGAAUGAUGCUUAUUUAAAUGAGAACAAAUGCUGGGAAGAUUUGAGUGGUAUCAAAAGAUAUGCUGAAGGAGAUGUGUUCUUGUGUACUUUCAAAUACAUUUCUUCUGAAUGCUUUCAACCAGUGCUUUGUAUUGAAUGUUUGCACUUGUUGCUCAGAGCUAAUUUUUGUGAGAAAGAAAUAUAUUCUUGUGUAUAGUUGGUACGCUAGAAAAGAAAAUGUUUUUAGAAACUGUUAUGCUGUAAUAAGAAUAGUAUUUACUAGAGAAUAGUUCCACUUUAUUUUAUAAAAUCUCCAAUUUUGAAAUAAAUGGACAGGCUUCCUGUACAUAAUCUGUUAAA